AUGCAGGUCGUCGUUCUCGCUCUCCUAGCUUUCAUCAACUUCGCCAACGCCUUACCGGUCAAGCGUGCAGCCACAACAUCGGCCGCCGACAUCGUCAAGAUCUCACCCGCGACGGCUUCAUGCAAUAAUGCGCCUGCAGCAGGCGAGUGUCGAAACGCUGAGCAAGCUGCUCCAUACAUUGCCAUCUCCUUCCAGAAUUUCGGGAUUAAUACUUUUGGAGAGCAGGCUGCACUGCUGUCACUUAUGCUCUACGAGAGUGGCAACUUUCAGUACUCCGUCAACCAUUAUCCAGGAGUACCAGGCCAGGGCACACGGAAUAUGCAAUCACCAGCCUUCAACGCCAAGUACGCCGACUACCUUGCCAAUGUGUGCACGAACUGUGGCGUUUCGGCUGCGCAGGUCAGUCAAGCACAGACACAAGGGCCGGCAGCUGUGCUGCAGCUCGUGAAUACGGAUGAGUGGAGUUUCGGCUCUGCUGCGUGGUUCUUGGCUACGCAGUGCGAUCCCAGUGUACGAACAGGGCUUGCGACUGGCUCGCAGACUGCAUGGGAAGCAUAUCUGCAAUGUGUUGGAACCUCACCAAGCGCUUCACGCAAUCAAAUCUGGAGCUCAGCAAUGGCAUCGAAGUCAUGGUGA